AUGCAGCGAGCUCUUGCAGUCGUCUCGCUGGCGUUCGCAUUCUCGGCGAGGGCGCUGAACCGGCCCGUGACUGCAGCCGCGGCGAGGGUCAAGCGGCUGUCGCGUGACGAGGAGAUAAAGCUGGCCGACAUAGCACAGCGCGCGUCGCGCCAAAAAGUAAAACGCGAUGCCUUAGCGGCAGAACUGGGUCGACCGCCGACGGCGGAGGAGUGGGCCGGGCGAGUCAAAGAGCACAAAUGCGCCCUCGCGCGCGCGCAGCGCAACGGCCGGCGCGCGCGCGCGGCGCUCGUCGCCGCGAACGGUGGGUUGGCGGUCGCUUUGGCCCGCGCGUACGCCAACCCGCCGUAUGCGACCGCGGACGACCUCGCCCAGGAGGCCUAUCUUGGCCUGGCGCGCGCGGCCGAGCGGUUCGACGGGACCCGCGGCGUGCGAUUCUCGACCUACGCGACGCCGUGGGUCCGUGCCGCGUGCGCCGCGUGGCUGCGGCGGACCGCAUAUUCGACGCGCGUGCCCGAACGCGUCGCUACGCUCGCGGCGCGGGCGCGCCGCGCGUCGACGCGCCUCGAGGCCGCCGGCGGCGUCGCGCCGUCGCUCGACGACAUCGCGCUCGCCGUGAAUUCCUCCGCCGCGUCCGUCGACGCGGCGCUCGCAGCGGCCGCGCGGUCGACGGGCGCCGAACUGGACGCCCCCGCGAUCGGCGACGUGAGCCUCGGCGCGACGCUCGCCGACGCAACGGAGCUGGGGGGAGGGGACCUCAGGUCGGACCUCGGCGCGGCGCUGGCCGCGGCGCUCGGCGACGACGAGCUCCGCGUCGUGCGCCUGCGGUACGGCCUCGACGACGGGAUUGUCCGGUCCACGCGCGACUGCGCCCAGGUCCUGGGCGUCGGCCGCGAGACCGUGCGUCAGACGUGCCUCCGCGCGUUUCGACGCCUCCGCGGCACGCACGCCGGCGAGGCGCUCCUCGAUUACGUAGACUAGCCUCCUUGUGUAACCUGUUGUUUCCGAGCGUCGAUGUCCGGUCUCCGUAGACGGUCUCCGACUUUUUACCGACUACAAGACAACUACAUGGAGCCCUGAGGGCGAAUGAUGGGCAUUGAAUGAACUUGAAUUCCCCGCGACACUGACGACGUCUGUAUUUGGCCCGAACCAAGGCUGACGACGGGCCUAAACCCGCGCACGCUAUUGGAAGCUAGGCCCGUAAGACACUAGCAAGCAAGCGGGGAGCGGCCGCGGCGCGCCAUAGGCCGAAGCCCUCUGAAUAUGGCGGCGCCGGAGGCGGCCGACGCGGCGCCCGAGGCGCCCGCAGCCAAGGAGGCGCCGCCCGGGGAGGCGCUCGCGCCGACGGACGAGGUCGUCGAGAAGUCGCCGCGCGAGCGGUACCUGCGCUUCAAGGAGUUAAUCGGCAAGGGCAGCUACAAGGAGGUCUGGCGCGCGUACGAUAGCGUCGAGGGCAUCGAGGUCGCCUGGAACGUCGUCAACCUCAAGAACAUGCCGGCGCACGAGAAGGCGCGCGUGAUCAACGAAGUGAGGCUGCUGGACCGGCUGGAUCACGAGAAUAUCAUCGAUUUUCACGGGUCCUGGGUGAACCGCGAUCGGGGGGAAGUGUGCUUUAUCACCGAGAUCUUGUCCUCGGGCUCGCUCAAGCGCUUCAUUCAACGGGUGCAGGUCGUGAGGUGGAAGAUCAUCAAGCGGUGGAUGCGGCAGAUUCUGAAAGCUCUCGCGUACUUGCACUCGAGGGACCCCAAGAUCAUCCACCGCGACAUCAAGUGCGACAACAUCUUCAUCAACGGCGCUUCCGGGGAUUUGAGGGUCGGCGACCUGGGCUUGUCCACAGCUCGAGCCGCCGACGACGCGGCGAGCAAGGGACGUAGCGUGUUGGGCACGCCCGAGUUCAUGGCGCCGGAGUUGUACGACGAGGCCUACGACGAAAAGGUGGACGUCUACGCGUUCGGCAUGUGCGCGCUCGAGAUGAUCACGAAGCAGCUCCCCUACGCGGAAUGCCGCAACGCGACGCAGAUCUACAAGAAGGUCCAGGCCGACGUGCCGCCCGACGCCCUCGCCUUGGUGCCCGACGAGCGCGCGGCGGCGUUCGUGCGGCUGUGCGUUCGGCGAGACCCGGCGGCUCGGCCGUCCGCCUCCGAACUCCUCGCGCACCCGUUCCUGGUGCCCGACCCGGCCUUCGGCGAGACCGAGGUCAAGCUGCUCGCGCCGCCCAGGACGCUCGCGCCCGUCGCCGAGCGCGCGGGCGCGUCGGGCGCGCCGUCUUUGGACUCGGCGGGCUCCGAGGACCGCAGCAGCCCCGGCCGCGGUCCGGACGGCGACAGGACGGCGCCGGCGCCGCCGCCGCCGCCGCCGCGCCCCGCUUCGCACGGCGCCGCGCCGCCGCCGCCGCCUCAUCGGUCCGAGUCGGCGCAGUCGCUCGCCUCGUCGGCCGCGCUCGACUCGCCCGCGCGGCCCGCGUCGCCGCGGCCGCCGCACGACGAGGAGGCCGACGACGACGCGUUCAUCGCCAACAUGCCGUCGAGCGAGACGUCGAUGAAGGACGUCGAGAACCGCGUCCGCGAGGGCCGCCGCCGCCGCGAGGACGACGCCGACGCGGCCGCCGCGGCCGCGGCCACCGCGCGCGAGGGCCGCGACGCGAAGCCGCGGCGCGCGCGGGACGCGUCGUCCGACUCGGCGCGAUCGCGCGCGUCGGACCGCGCGCCGCCCAAGGCGUCGACCGCCGGCGGCGGCCUCUCGCGCGCGUCGUCGGCGGUGUCGCUCGACGGCGCGGCCGUCGCGACCGACAUGGGCCCGCCGGCGCCGCGCGCGCCGCGCGGCGGUUCGAGCGACCCGGGCGGGCCGCCGCCGCGCGCCGACUCGGAGACGAGCUCGUCGUCGCGGCCGCCGACGCCGCGCGUCGACGCCGCGGGACCCGACGCGUCGCUCGCGUCGAGCCGCGCGCCGUCGCCCGUCGCCGGUCGGCCGGACCGGCCCCUGGCGGGGGCGCCGCCGCCGCGGUUCCGCAUGCGGCCGUCGACGAAGCCCGUCGGCGCGCUCAGCGACGGCGCCGUCAGCGUCAACAUCCUCUACGCGUUCGACGGCGUGAACCACAGCGUGGACUUUGAGUACGACGUCUCCGAGGCCCCGGAGACCGUCGCCGUCGAGUUCGCGCGCGAGUGCGGGUACCCGGCCGAGGAGGUCGCGGCCGACGUCGCCGAGUUCCUCGAGAGGGUCCGGCGCGACGUCGCGAGCCGCGUCGACGACGGCGCCGCCGGCGCCGGCGCCGACGACCCGGAGGCGGCGGAGGCGCUGCGCGAGUACGAGCGGCUGACGCGGCGAACGCAGCACAUCCACGAGGACCGACUCGGCAAGCUGAAAAGUUCGCGGGACGCGUGCGCCGCGGCGCAGCGCGAGGCGCUGUCGAAGAUCGACCGCGACGCGAAGGACCUCGAGCGGCGCGAGCGGGACCUCGAGAACGCGCGCGCGGCGCACGCCGCGGACGCCGAGCGCCUCGCGCGCAAGUUCGAGAAGGACAUGCUCGACUUCGAGCACAAGGAGCGCAUCGAGCUCGCGAACCACCGGCGGCGCCUCGACGACUUCGCCGCGCGGUACCGGGCCGCCGGGGCCGCGCGCCGCGCCGACCGCGACCGGCGGGCCGCCGCCGACGCGGUGCGGGGGGACGCCGCGCCGCCCGAGGCGCCGCCCGAGCCGUCCGCGCCACCGUUGUCCCCGGCCUAGAGCCCCGUUUCUUGUGUGCUUUUCUCGUGUCUACCCAGUGAGGUCCCAUUCUCUCGCCCGGCGCCCGGGAGUGCUUGCCAGAGCGGGAAUGAAGGCCAGUUUGACUAUUCUGGCAUAGUACUAAACUCUAGAAAGAAGUUCGGAAAUCUCCGAAAAACCCAGGCAGAUUUUUGA